CUACUCAGGGAAUAUACAUCAUCAGUCGGCUACCGUCUACCUCUGCUCCCCCGUCCUGUCCUCAGUGGCUAUGUACGACCUCCUGGUCCACAUACAGACCACAUGGGACACACGGAGCUACGCAGUGGGCAGCUUUGUGCUGCUCUGCAACCCUUGGCUGAAAGAUGAUCCAGUGUACAUGCCCCUGGAAGUCCAACUACAGGAGUACGUCAAGAGUGAUUUUGGGUUGGUGUACACGGGCACUCAUGUAAACAUCUCCAAACGGCCCUGGUCAUUUGGUCAGUAUGAGCCGGGGGUCUUGGAGGCGUGUCUGAAGCUCCUGCAGGUCAGCCCGCAACAUCUCAAAGAUAAACACAGAGACUACGUUCGACGAGCUGACCCCAUCUACCUCAGCAGGGUGAUCUGCGCUAUGGUGAACUGUAAUGAUGACCUGGGGCUGCUGGAGGGGCGGUGGGAUGGCAGCUACAGAGGCGGCGUCAGUCCCACAGAGUGGAGCAGCAGCGCGGACAUCCUUCACCGCUGGGCUUCGUCCAACUGCAGCCCCGUGCGCUACGGCCAGUGCUGGGUCUUUGCCUCCGUCCUCUGCACCGUGAUGAGAGUGCUGGGGAUCCCCUCCAGGGUGGUGACAGUUUUCAACGCAGCCCACGACACCAACGGGAACCUGAAAAUUGAAGAGAUCUACUCAACCAGGGGACAGAAAUGUGAGAAACUCGGCCUGUCCAAGGACAGUAUUUGGAACUUCCAUGUGUGGGUGGAGUGCUGGAUGCGGAGGCCGGACCUCGGGCCAGAGUUUGAUGGCUGGCAGGUCGUGGACCCGACUCCCCAGGAGAAGAGUGCAGGAGUGUACUGUUGUGGCCCCUGCCCGGUGGUUGCCAUCCAGAGAGGCUGCCUCAACGUCCCGUACGACACCUCGUUCAUAUACGCCUCCGUCGACGCAGACGUGGUCCGGAUGAUUGUGCGUGACGGGCUGGUGGUGGACAGGACCGUGGACACCCAGUGGGUGGGACAGCUCAUUUACACCAAGAGCAUCGAGUCAGACAGACCGGAGAACCUGACACGGGCUUAUAAGAGCCAUCAAAAAGGCCGUGCAGCAGUUGCAGCCAAUGCACAUGUCAUGCAAAAGUGCAGAGCUCAGCCUCUAGCGAUGGCAGCUUGCUCACCUCCUGACAUCUCAUCCACCAUGUUGGGAAGUGAAACAGGAAGGUCACACACUUUGGAGGUGUCCCUACAGAUAGAGAGGGUGCCGUCGGUGGGAGAGAGCAUCUGUGUGUGCGUGACCGUCAAAAACCGGGCGAGCCGCCACAGGGUCCUGGUGGAGCACGUCAGCGCUCAGCUCAAGCAGUACUGCUGCAGCCCGCAGGAGCCGUUCUGGGCCGCCCACAAAGAGCUGCACAUCCAGGCGGGCCAAGUUUUGACGCUCCACCAUGCCAUCUCUGCCUCGGAGUACGAGUGUGUCCUGGCCGGCGAGGACAUCGUGAACAUCGGGGUGGUGAUGAAGGAUGUGAGGACCAAGGAGAGAGUCCUGUCCACUGCGGAGUUCAACAUCACCGCGCCUCAGAUUACCAUAGAGGUCCUGGGAGGGGACAGCAUCCAGAUGAGGAAGGAGUCCACAGUCCAGGUGUCGUUCACCAACACCUUCAGCAAGGUCCUGAGUGGAGCCGUGCUCACUGUGGAGGGAUCCGGCUUGUUACAGGGCAAACAGCAGAGCAGGCUGGUCCUACUGCAGCCGGGCCAGACCAUACAGAAGACGGUUUCCAUCAUGGCCACUUCACCCGGGACUAAAUUACUGAUGGCCAGUCUGUCGCACAGCCACAGCCCCUCCGCCAUCACCAGGAGCUUCCACAGAGUCUCCGUGGUGACCUCAUGAAGCUGACGGCUCAGACAGACACUGAUAUUUCCAAAUGGCGGCUGCCAAUAGCUGAGACUUUGUGUCAGUAUCUGAUAAAUUCAACCAUUUUUAUGCCCCGAAAAAUUCCAAGGAUUCAGUGUUUCCAUCAGUGUUUUAUUCUUGUCAUGGCGGGAAAGCUUCUGAAACUGUCUUUAGGCCAUCAUGGGACACUAAAGCUGUCUUGACACCCUGGCUAAUGAAACUCCUUUAUGUGGGUUAGCAGCUCCCGGAGGCAGGGGGACGCAGGUUUUACAGACUAUAGGAGAUCAAGUGGACAGUCAGAAUGCAGGUAUAAAAAGAAGGUCACUGGUGUGGAGGAUAAAGUCAUAACACAAAGUGGGAAAGAUUUCCCAUGUGCACCAUUAGAGAAAGGAGAGAGCCAAUUCUGUAAACGAUGAUGUAGAGUUUCCUCUGUGCCAAACUGAGAGGUGC